AUUUGAAUUGCCUGAAUGUAUCGCGUUCAAAAUCAUACACUACCAACUUUUAAUUUCAUUAAUCAGAUUAUCUUGAUCUUACGCUUGUGGCAUCUCCGAUUUUCAUCGAUAACAACUAUUACUGAUUAUUCUCACAUACUGCAUCUAACACUUCCCCAGAACAUAAGUUACCUCCGGACUAAACGGGAACCUACGGAAUACUAAGCGUUACAUGAAAUAAUAUAGCAUGCGUAUAUCAAGAUUAUGUGGUUCUGCAAAUCACUGUGCUCGGAUAUCAACACGCAAAACCAUUUUCGGUGAUGUGAGAGAAUCUCGUAUUGUUUUUUGUAUUGAUACCUCUGGAAGCAUUUACAAAGUGUGGGAUCAGAUUUGCUCUCAUGUUGUCGAACAUUUGUGCAAGAUGGCUAUAAACAACAAAGCCUUGUAUUUUAAUGUUAUAACAUUCGAUGACUAUGUCAAACGCUUCCGAACGAAGCUGGUAGUAGCUUCUUACAUAAAUAUACAGGAGUUAAAUAAGUGGUUAAGAAGUGUAUGUUUUGGGACUAGCUGUUAUGUCUUUCCUGCGUUAUUGGCGUCUUACUCGCAUGUGGAUGCGGAAUGUGUAUUACUAGUCACAGACGGUUUACUGACUAAGGAAUUUUAUGAGAUACAACAAUUAUCCACAGUUUGCAACUCACGUCCCCUCUACUUAACUCUUUUAAUGAAUAAUAUAAAUCCAAAUAACAGAGUUAUUGAACUAGCUUCUAAAUUACUGAUGAUGACGUGUUGUUCGAAGAGCAGACUGAAUGUUAUUACAAUUGCUGUGAGUGGAUGUUUUGUCCAGCUUUCACCAAUUGAAUGGAGUAUCAGAGUUCCUUCAAAACUUUAUGGAUGCCCGAAUUCCUGCUAUAAGUUUGUGCUUGACAGUCUACACAAACUCCCAAAAGAAAUCACAGGUGGAAUAUGUCCUGUUAAAAAUUCACAGACACAUAAUUUGACAUCUCAAGAAGCCAUGAAAGAUAGUGCUUGUCAAGUUUCGAACCCUUCAAGUGAAACACUAUUAACAGACAGUUCCAUUCACCUCCCUAAGAUUAAUGAACAGCAAGUUCAAAGAAGUAAGUUGCUUGAAAUGAAUGACUGUCAAACUCAGACAAUUUCUGGCACGUCAGAAGAAGUAACUACAACGGAUUCAAACCAGUUUAUUACCUCUUCAUCCCAUACAAUGUAUGGUGAAGGUCAUAAUCAUAACUGUAUGUGCAAUUCGUGUCUUGCAUGUGAAUGUUCAGAGGAACAUGCUGGUAAUAAAUUCAAACGAAGCAGAUAUCGUGUCGCUAGAUCUUUUAUAAAUGGUCGCUCACAACUUGAUUGGUGGGCUGAUGAUAUUCGAAUAGCUCCUUCAGCUGGUGCUUUACUUCUGGGUCAUACUGUUUUGGCUCCAAAGUAUAACGAGGGUAGUCGGUUAUUUAUGGGUACUGUACUUUCACAGGUAGAUUACUGCACGUUUAUUAUCUGCUUUGAAGACCCUAAUUCAAAAAUAAAACAUCGUGAAAAUAUUCAAGAAACUCAUGUACAUGAACUACUAUCAUAUUUGGAUUUUCAUCGUCACCCUGUUGAUGCAGGAGAUUUUGUUCUUGUACCUCAGUGUAUAUCUAAUUGCAAGGAAUUAAAUCAUUCCCAAAAGCAUUAUCUUAUUCCUUAUUAUGUUGCGAAAGUUUUAUCUGGUUACGAAUCGCGUUCAUCGAUUAGAAACGUGUCAGAUAAACCUGUAAUGGUAGAAUUUGUCAGACAAGGAAAUAGUGAAACAAUUCCAAGUACUAAUCUUAAAAUUCCAUUCAACACCGCUAUAUGGAUACCUAAUGAUUUAUUUCAAAAGAAUUUCUUAUCAAGUAAAAUCCAGUGGGAAUUUACUCCCACCGAAGAAUCAAAUAUUUCAGAUGCACAAACAGGUUGUACUUUCCCAAAUGGUACCAAUACUACUAGAUUAACAAACAGUGCAGAAAUACCAAACACUGGGAUGGUCAAAUCAAAUGAAAAUAUAUUACGACCAUUCAAUCAGUUAGCUCCAUUUUCUGUCGGUGGUGUUAUUAGCAAAAACAACUCCACUAAUAAUGAUAAUGGAGAAACGAAGAUGAAUUAUGCAUAUACUAAAGAUCAAUUGGACCAGUUGAAGAGUGAAUUUAUUGAUUCAGAUUAUGCUUCAAGUAUGGACGAAGGUGGUAGCAGUAGUAAUCAUCAAAGAAAGAAAAGCUGCAAGUCAGAGUCAAAUAUCUUGUCUGAAGCAUUUCAUGAUUUUCAUUCAGAUAUUGCAAGUCGAUUUGUAGAGAGAAAAAGUUGUGAAUAUGAACGAAUUCGACGUCCUAUCAACGCUGAAGCCUGCAGAAUAUACAACCAGGUGAAAGAUGUUGCAACAUAUAUAGAUCCAGAACUACAAUAUGGGAAAAUGUAUAUUAAAUGGGUAAAAGAUCAAGUUAAGCCUAUGAAUCGGCCAGAAUGGCGGUACUGGGGGGCUAAGCCUAUACCACAACUAACUGCACCUCCAACAUUUGAACCUUUCAAAGAUACGGUUGCCUGGAGUAGGUCAGAUCGUUUAAAAACUACAGUUUUUAAUAUUCAAGACUUUAUUUCGGACAAUUAA